UUUAGGGUUUAGCGACAAACCAAUCAAGCGCUCGGCAGGCCUAGCGGAUGUUCAAUUUAACCUUUUCGCUAACUUGCAAGAUGUCAUUGACGAGUUCAAACCCCAGGUAGAAAAUUUCGUUGAGGAAGGAAAUUCAACCAUUUUUAGUGGGAAAAACGUCGUCCUGAGCCGAAUCUCUGAAACAAUUUCUAAAUUUAACGGAAAAACUCAUCAGAUCGUUAUAAUUGCAACGAAAAAACUAUUUAUCGAUUGUGACCUUGGCUUGCAUGACACGCACUUGGCAAUGAUUGCCCCUGUAAUUGAAGUUUUUGGUACAGAAAGAAUCAUCACUCUCACGGGAUCAUCAGGCGCUCAAUUGAGUAGAAAAGCGUGGAAUUCCAACAAGUCUGGCGUUGCGGGUGCCAACGGUCAACACGGAAAACACGGUUUCAGUUCCGGAGAACUCAAAAUAAUCGCUUUGCAGGUAAGCAAUGAAGAGCUUCUUUUGGUCAACAGUACAGGAGGUUCCGGGAGUAACGGACAAUCAGGAGGAAAUGGUUUCAGUUCUAAUCACGUGUCGCAUCCAGAGGACUAUUCGAGAAGAGUUCAUUUAGAACAUGAGCUGCUGGACCAUCUUCGAGGCAGAUAUCACUUGGGACCAAUCACAGGGCCAAAAGAAAAGGUCAUCCCGAUUCCGGUUGCUGGCGUCUACACCCAGGUCGAUUUCGAAAUCACAAAAUAUAUCCGGGCCGAAGCUCGAGGCGAUGGUAAAGAGUCAAACGGUGGAAACGGAGGAAACGGCGGCAACGCUAGUGGUUCUGGGGCUAUCGACAUUCUUGUUCGUGGGACCCCAAAAAAAAUCCGCCUGAGUGAAAAGAACGGAACGGUUGGCUUGGCUGGAGAAGGUGGCUCGGCAGGAGUGUGGAACUGCCUUUUCAAGGAAUUCGUUUGCGACGGAAAGAAAGGGAGCAAGUGGGUGCUUUUCAUCCCGGUGGAUAGAUUUAGAGACAAGUACGAAUUCACCUGUCGAACCAAUGGUAAGGGAAAUUGCGGCAGAGUGGCGAAAAGUGGCAGAAACGGGGUGGCAGGACGGUUGGUUUCGAAAAGGUACAAAUUCACUCCUUUAAAAAUCCACCAGCUUGUGAUGCAUUUCUGGAGAGAGACCAGCAAAACAACCGGAAAAGCAGAGUUGUAUCCAAUGGAUUUAUAUCAAUUUUGGAAUUUUUUGCACAGGUCGAAACAGGUGAAGUUGAGCAUCAAAGAAGCAACUUCUUUUCCGUUCAUUUUCGAUCCUACCGUAGAUAUGGCCAAAGAUGACUCAAAUUUUGUGCGAAUUCAAUCCGAUCUUUCAAGCAUGUACAUGACUUUUAAGAAUUUUAAAAAAGAAUGCUCGACGUGCAACGUAAAUGAACUUGAAAUAAUUGAAACCACUUUUGCCAGCAGACUACGGAUUUUGCAAACGUUCAACAAAAACAAGCGAACCUCGUAUUUACAAAACGCAGUGGACGACAUGAUCAAAAAAAUUGAGCACAUUGAAAGCUCCGAUGGAAAAAUCUUGCCGGAAUUUUUCACCUUAUCACCAGACAUUGACGAGGAAAUUAAAUCUGCCAAUGAGCGAAUAGAGGAGAUUACAGGAGUGGUUCUCUCAGGAAUUAAUAAUGAAAUAGAAAAGGAUUUUGAGGAAAUUUCUCUUGCUUAUCAAAACCUACAAUCCGAAACAGAGCUGAAAAGCAAACUGUCCGCAACUUUGAGAUUAAAGGCUCAAUUAGAAGUUUUCAGUACGAUUUCCAAAAUAAGCUCGGCAUUACAUUAUUUUGCUGAAGGAAUGACUAAAAACGAGAUUCCUGAUAAUGAGAAAUACUUCCCAGACGAAUUUAAGGUUGCUUUGGAUGUUUUGAAAUUUGUUAUUUUUAGGAAAUUGGAGGUGCAUCGCGAAACGACUCCUCAACAGAUUGCAGCAGUAAAAACGCUUCUUGAGGAGGACAUGAAUUACGGAGGAGUUUUAAAACAAAAAUCGGAUCGAACGCAACUCUUGGAAAUUUUGGAGCAGAAGGAGGGCAUGGAGGAAAAUUUUGGGAAUGAAAUACAAAAUGUUUUGGAAACGGUAGAAAGUGAUUUGGAUGAGAAAAUUUUGGGAUUGAAAUUGAGCGAAAAUAAUUCAAACGCUUUAGAAAUUGAAAGGUUGAUCAAACUUCAAAAGACGUUAAAAGAUGCCAGAUAUUCGAUUAGUGGCGAAAUUUAUAAAUUUGCACUUCAAAAACUUCCUGAAAAUACAAGUCUGUACGAGAUUCAAGAAAGUAACAAACUUUUCAUGCAACAAUUGGAUUGGUAUGGGAAAACAAUCAACGAAAAUUUCAAUUCCUUCCUUUUUAUGAUGCAAGCAAUUUUGGUAAAUUUUAAAAAGAGCGAUGUUGAGGAUUUUUUGCCAGGCGCUGUUAAAAAAUUUACUCGCAAGCUGAUUUAUACAAUUGAGAAAUUCACAUCGGAUUUGCCAGAGGUGAGGAACAAAUUCGGCGGACACUUUUAUGAGUUGGAAAAAGUGCUUCACAACGUGAUUGAUGCAAUGGACAAAUUCGACGAAAUCAAUUACCUAAUAAAAAUUGAAAAUUUCCUUUCAAAUUGUCCCGAAGGAAAUUGCGGUCAGGACGAAACAAUUGCAAUGAUCGCUUCUAAUGAAUUUGUGCGCCUAUUUGCUCAUUACUGGAGCGCCUAUCAGCAAAUCUCCUUCCCUCUCGCAACGGAACAAAUCAGUUUCUUCAAAAACACUCUUAAAGAAUUAAAUAAACUGAAGGAAUCUUCGUUUAAAGAAAGGAUCGUGGUUCUGAAACAGGCUUUCAAAUCCAUGAGCAAAGAUUUAUCGAAUGAAAAUAAUAAUUUCAGCUUUGGUCAGUUCAACUCAAAAUACGCCGCAAGUAAAUCUUUCUACACCUGGCCUAAUCAGCAAUUUUCCUCCCAAAUCAAGAAAAUUUUAAAUGGAGAGGAAACAAUUAUGGCCGCAUCCGUUUUUUCACCUGGAGUUAAAAAUGCAGUGAAAUUUAAUUCAGUUUUUCUCAAUUUCACUUCUUCCGCUAACCCGAAGGUGACCCGAGACAUAAACGACCUACUGACGCAUUUCCGUCUUGAAAUGAGGCACCCUGGCGAGAGUAGGUAUCGCUGCGGCAACAUGAUUUACUCCGUGGGUGGCGAUCCGAUUUUCUUCACGGCCAAUUUCGCGCGAGACGAGAACGGUCAGUUCAUUUCCAGAAGUUCUGCGUUUGCCAGUUUGAAGCAAUCGGCCAAUUCGUUCAGUCCCUAUGCAGUUUGGAAGUUCCGUCUGGUCCCCAAUUCGGACCGCGAUCACCGACACUUGAUCAAGGAAUUGUCCGGUUUUGUAGGAAAAGUUGAUCUUGAGUUGGUCGGAAGUGGAUUUUACUUGGAGGAAGACGCGGAUAGUUGCGCAAAGGACCAGGGCCAGUUCUAUACUUACUUUGGGACGAAGUAAAAAUACAGAUUUACCAAUAAAAAUGGCUGGGAGGUGAUUUUACUGCAUCAUGAAUAUCUUUAAUUUUUAAAGUAUUUUCUUCAAUUUUGUUUGUUCCUUUUUUAUUAAUAAAAUAUAUUACCAGGAGUGAAAAAAUAUAAAUUUUUUUUAU